CUUCUGCAUUGCUUUGUAAAUCAUGAGUAGCCAAUGGGUGUGGUGUUUACCUGGAGGUCAGCUACGUAAUCAUUCACUGCUCUUUAUAAUCUGUGUAAGUUUAUCGUUCAGUGCUGUGGAAGUGUGUCUGCAGGUCUGCAAUCAUCAAACUUCAAUCUAAAGUAUCUAAACCCGGAGUUUAGAAGAGACCAAACUGACAACUUGAUAAGCUGAGCCUGCAUCAUGGAUCUUAACGGAGAGACCGUGGCUAGAGCAGAACUACUCAAAUAUGCCUGUGAUCUCACUCUUGAUCCCAACACGGCAAACGAUAAUUUAAUUCUUCUAGACGACAAUAAAAAGUUGGAGUGUGCUUCAGAGCCAAUGUCUUAUCCCGAUCACCCAGACAGAUUUACCGGCCUCCCGCAGGUUCUGUGUAAGGAGCGUCUGUCUGGACGCUGCUACUGGGAGGCCGAGUGGAAGGGGCAGGGUGACAUAGUGGUGUGCUAUGAAGGAAUCGGCAGGAAAGGAGAAAGUUCUGACUGUCGAUUUGGAGCCAAUGACAAAUCCUGGAUCAUGAGCUGCUUUAUUGGAGAGAAACUGAUUGCCUGGCAUAAUUGUAUAGAAGGGUUAAUUCCUCUCCCAACAACUCCCCAUAACAGAAUUGGGGUGUUUCUGGAUGAGCCGGCUGGCGUUUUGUCCUUCUUCAGCAUCCCUGAUGAAAACACACUCAAUCACUUGUACACAUUCAACACUGCAUUCACUCAACCCCUCUGUGCCGGAUUUGUGCUUUAUACUGAGUCAGUGACUCUGUGUUAUCUUAAGUAAAAGAGUCAAAACGAUUGUUCUUUCUUUCACCCCCACACAAGCCUCUUAAUAUUUUAAGCACACAUGAAACACACAAUGAAAUUAAACAACUAUAAAAAUAUCACACUGUGAAACCCACAAUAUUAAGAUGCUCAAACCAUUUAAGGAAACCGUUUGCAACAAACCCUUUAAGUUCAAAAUCUAAUGCUAAUGUGUACUGUGAACUUAAUCCAUUUGUGUAAACGAAGCAAUUAGUACUGUGAACUUACUGUUA